AAAUUGCUCAAAUAAACUUGCAACAAGAGCUCGUGACGUCAGACUUAACGCAUCAUUUCCGCGUUUUGUGUUUUAAUGGUGAAAUGUGUUGAUUGCACAUAUAUGCUACUAUAUUUGUCUAUUUGAUAUUUAGACUACAUAAAUUAAUGGAGUUUAAGUAGGAUAUUGAAGACGCGCUCUAUAGUUUCGGUCUGCCAGCCAGCGAGAGCAUAAAUGUCCUCAUAAGGAAAAGACAAAAUGGUGGAAGGAGUGAAUAUGAAAGUGACGAGUCUCUUCUACAUAUCUGGUAAGGCGAUGACCGAAACACGGUUGUCAGAAAAUCAACUGAUCAUAAUGAAUACGUUCAACCACAAUAACGACAAAACAUUACUCGGUUGCUAGACAAUCAAUUGAUCAUAAUGGAAACGUUUAACAACAAUAACGACAAAAAAUUGCGAGGGCCCAGAGUAUCUCUGUUAACUUUACCUGAUCACGAUCGGAUAUACGAAUAAUGGACGUUGUAAAACAAGACAGCAGUGACCUGGUUUUUGUUCUUUUCUCGCACUUGGAAAUACUUGUGGUCCAAGUGAAUAUAAAACUUCUGAUGGAGAAUGUUGCCCAAUGUGUAGUAUAGGGUCAAUGGUACUCUAUGACUGCAUUGGUAGUUUCAGUACCACCUGCAAACCCUGCAUUCCAGGAACAUUCAUAAGUGAACCCAGUGGUCUUCAUAAAUGCUUCCCAUGCAAACACUGUGAUGAAAAUGAAGGUCUUUACAUUCAGAGUAAAUGCACUACAAUAGGAGACACCAUCUGUGAUGUACUUGAUGGAUAUCACUGCACUGAGUACUCCAACUUACAGUGCCUUCGUGCUGUAAAACACAGUGUUUGCAGGCCAGGACAAAAAACAAAAACACUAGGAACAAAGACAUCAGAUACAGAAUGUGAGAACUGCCCUUUUGGGUUUUAUUCUUCUUCUGGACUGAACUGCACCAAGUGGACAGACUGUAAUGCCAGAAAUGAGAUUCAAAGUGAAGAUGGCAGUCAUGUGAAAGAUGUCAAAUGUGUACAGAAGAGGAAAAGAUAUUGUCUUGUAGCUUUAUGUCCUCCGGUCAUAUGUGCAGCUGUUCUAGCAGCAUUAUACAGAAGGUCAUGCUCAGAAGAUCAGACAGUCAAUAAUGGUGACAAAAUAUGCAGGCUUACUAUUGAAGAAACAAACUUUCGACCAGUGAUGUCAGGCCCAACACCGGAGGAAAACAAUGAGAAACCAACAGAUGAUACUUGAAACGGAGUAUCUUAAUCCUCUUACAAUUCUCCUCUCUCCAACACAAUGUGAUGAACAGGUGAAAACUUCCAGAACUCCAGUGGCCUGUUGCAUGAAGCUAGUUGAACAAACUCUUGAGUUUGAAAGUAGGUUUGGAGUUGACAAAUCCAGAUAAAUCCAACCUGGUUUAGAUCAGGAUCAACUGUUGCACAACAGGUCUGUGGAUGAUGCAGUCUCGACAGACCUGGGAUUUAUGGAAGGAUCUUAUUUGUGGACUUCAAUACCAUCAUGCCUGAUCUUCUCACAGCCAAACUGACCCAGCUCUUUGUGCCUACCCUAAUCUGUCAGUGGAUCACCAGUUUUCUGACCGACAGGCAGCAGCUAGUGAGACUGGGUUAAUUCUCAUUCAACACCUGCACAAUCAGCACCAGUGCACACAAUCAGCCCUACACUUUUUGGCAGCAAUUUGGCAGUCCACUAGUUUCUAAGGCAAUAUCAGCUGCUUUGUUAAAAAAAAAACAUACAUUACAGCUGAAAUCCUGAAUGAUGACAACACAGAAUAAAUAGCACUAUAACACAUCAAAUCCUUUUAA